GAGCUAUGAGGCUGAGUGCGCCAUCACUGUUCGGUGCGGGUGCGGUGCGUUCAGUGAGGCGGCGACAACUUCCAUGGUGGGAGCUGGGUGUGGAUAGCUCGGUGGAGUCGACGGGCGGUCGAGGCCGGAGGAGGAACCGAGGGAGGCUGGAGCGCGGGAGGGAGACGAGGACGACGACCCGGGGCCGGGGAAAUCAAUGCCGCCGCUGGCGGUCGCAGAGGCGCGUACAGUCUGAUUGCUUCGAUCGCGACGAUUGCCGGGGCUUGGUUCUACCUGCAUUGUAGUACUCCUGCUGCUCCUUCCCGUCAAGAAUCAGGACCGCUUGUUUUUCACGAUCAAGCUGUCUAGUAAUCAACAAAAUGGAUGUGAAAGAUUUCUUGGUGGAAAUAGGCAUGAAGGAGGAGGACAUUACAACAAUGCUGUUUGGAAAGAAGGUUAUUGAGCUGACAGAAGAUGCAUUCGACAGUUCUAAAGAAGAAAGAAAGAUAUUUGAGGAGCUCUUCUUCAGAACAGGCUCCAGUGGAGCAAGCAUCCACCAUCCAUGCCAGGGUGGAAAGACCACAUCACUAAAAGUUGCAAGCAAAGAAUUGAUAUCAACGAACACACCCUCAAGCUCUGUCUCUGCCUCCAAUCACAAGUCGGUGCGCUGUCGCGUAGUUGAGUCUUUCACAUAUGGUAACCUAUCAAGCUAUCUUGUGUUCUGCAAUAAUGUCAAUCCGGAUGUGGUCAGUGCUUCUGAGCUCGUGAUUCAGUGGACACCGCCUGCCAUUGAGAGGGUGUACACCCGUAGAGCAGUGGCACGCAGGAGCCAAAGAGCAAAACUUUGCAGUUUUCUUGAUCUGGAGAGGGUUGACAUAACCCGUGUUGGACGGCGUAAGGAUGGAGGGCAGCUUAAGGAUGGCUAUGGCCAUGGAGUGCUUUGGAAUCAUCUCCGGCUACACGCAAAUCUUCUGAUGAUGGAUGCUGGAUGGAAGAUUGAUGGCAAGGAAAGAUGGGACAAGAGUAAGGUCGAUCAUGUUUACGAGUCACCUGACAAAGUAAUGCGCCUGUUUUCUCUUCCCAGGGCUUGGAAGUGCUUUGGCCAGUGGUUGCUUAUGAACUCCUCCAGCUUUGGUGGAAAUGACUACGGGAGGAUAUGGUUCAACAUCCAUGACUUUCUGAGUGAUUUGAAGAAUACAAUGCUUUGUUUGGAAUAUGAAGUCCGGCUUCCAAAGCAAUCUCUAUCUUUUCUCAACCAGUGGCAGCUCCUUGAUCCUUUCAUGGCAGUAGUUUGCAUCGAUAAGAAGGUGAAAGCCUUGAAGAAGGGGGUAGCACUGAAGGCUGUAAACAGCACUGUUACAUUUGUCAGUUGCACUGAGGGUAAGCACUUGAGUACCAUAAAUGCUGACAAUCCACUUGGUCUCAACCAUUCAAACAAUUAUAAUAGAACAAAUCCCAGGUCACAGAAAAAUCUUCUGCCACUGUUUCAAUCCGACGACAUCGAGGGAAAUUCUUCACUCAGCAAACAGCUUUCGACAGUUGGAAAAAAUAAAUCUAGCCAAUAUGAAAUGGAUCAAAGAUUGCCAAGCAUGACAGGAAUAAAUGAAAGAAACACCAGAAGUACUGCUCAUCGUAUAGUGAUGGGUCUCCAAGAUUCAAUAGCUUUUCCUGGUUCAAGGACUACCUGUUUAAAUAUGAAAAAUAAGCUUUCAUACAGCAAGUCUAGUUUGACACAGAGCAUUCAAGACAAAUCUGAUCCACUAUAUUUUCCACCUAAUUAUUCUCUCGACGACCUUGACGAAAAUGUGCAAACUAAGGAUCUGAGUUUUCAUGCUUGUGACAUGAUAGGAUCUGCAAAGGUGGACAAAUCUGCAGAUAGUCCUUCUGACGAGUUGCUUCUAGGAGCGAACCUACUGUUUUCUCAUGAAGUGGAUGAGAUGCUUCUUGAACCUAUGGAUGACAUCAGCAAUGAACAUCGUGCUAUUGCAGCUGUCUCUGAGCCACAAGCAGCGCACACGGAUUUUGGGCAUGGAUCUUCUGGUCCAUCAUCACUACUAUCAGAGAAGGACAUAGCCUUGAAAACUAAUAAAGAUUAUGUCAACAAUGAACAACAUGAUGCUGCAGUUGUCCUUGAGUCCGAAUUGACAAAUAAAGAUGUAGUGGCCGGACCUGGUGCACUUUCAUUUCUACCAAGAACGGAUACGGUUUUGGAAGGUAAUGAGAUUAGCUCUGAACAGAUGGCAAAAGGAGGGCAGUUAUCAUGUGUAGCCACUGAUAAUGUGAUGGCGAUAUCGGAGCCACAGUUAUUGUUUGUGUCCCCUCAAGAUGGGACUCUUUCUUUCAUGAAAGAUAGUAUUUGCAGCCAAGAGAUACGGAGUUGCCUCAAUGCGUCAAAUGACAACAUGGAGACUAACAUGCAGUUAGACAUCCACUCCUCAGUAUAUGAAGCAAGUUUGAUUCAGGGAUUCCUAUACCUUGACAACGAGGGUUCUCCAAUUUGUUGGACGGUCAUAAACCCAGAACCUCCUAGGCAGUUGAUCUGUUCAGGACCAAUCUCAGAGGGAUAUGAACUUCAUGGUGAAAUGAACAUGGAGGGUGGUACGGUAAUUUCUAAACCGAAACAAAUGUCGAAAUUACACUCGAGAAAAACCAAUCAGAAAAGAUCCAAGAGAGCUGCAAAUAUUGAAGACAAAGGCAGUCAGAAGAAACAGAAGGUAAAUGAUGUUCCUAAAAGCUACUGCACACUUGGUGAAUGUAUGAACCAUACAACUGAGAAUCCCGCUGGCUGUUUAAUUAGCACUGAGAAAGAAUAUUUUGGUUCAGCAAGCACUGAGCAGGUUUCAUUGAACUUAUUGCCUGGAAAUAGCAGUUACAAGAAACAAGGAAGAGAAAUGCAGGUCCCAAUAAAAAACAAUGGCAGUGAUCAAGCCAGAGUAAGAAUUGGAUCAACAGAAAAGAUCAGGCCAGAAAAAACUCCCAAAAAGGAUGUCAAAAGGCAAAAGGCACCAUGGCUGCAUAAAUGCAAGUUUGACGACAAUGAUCUUCUCAUGACAGCUGUAAUACAUAAGUUGACUGCACGCUACAGGAAUCGUUUUAGUCGAAGGCUUGCAAAAAAAUCUGGUUUAAAACGUCUACCUAGAUGUCGCUGGGGAAGUGAAGAGAGAUGUGACAGGAAGGCAUUACCUAAAGGAGCAAGAACAGUGUUGGGAAAGUUGCUUGAAAUGGGCAUUGUUUGUAAAGUAAAUAUUCUCCAAUAUCGCAGACCAGGAAGCAAAAACAUAUUAAAGGACGGAAAAAUUACAAAGAAGGGCAUUAGAUGCCGAUGCUGUGAUGCUGUGUUUACAAUGUCCAAAUUUAAAUAUCAUGCAGGUCUGCAGCAAGAAAUCCCCUCGCUGAAUCUUUUCUUGGGUUCUGGUAAAUCGUACACUCUUUGCCAGCUUCAAGCAUGGGCCAUUGAGCAUAAGGCUAGGAAAGAACGUGCAAAAUAUACUAUGCCACUCCAAGCUGAUCAAAAUGAUGAUACUUGUGGAUUAUGUGGUGAUGGCGGUGAACUGAUAUGCUGCGACAGCUGCCCUGGUAGUUACCAUCAGGACUGCUUGCCUUGUCAGGAUAUUCCAGAUGGUAACUGGUAUUGCUAUAGAUGCCUUUGUGAUAUAUGUGGGGAGGUGAUAAAUUUGAAGGAGCUCAGAAGUUCCCUACCUGCUUUAGAAUGCUCACAGUGUGAGCGCCAAUAUCAUGCUAAAUGCACAUAUGGUAAACUUUUGUGCAAUGAGGAAGGUGGACCUUGUGCCUGGUUUUGUGGAAGGAGAUGCCAGCAGAUUUAUAUAAAUUUGCGUUCUCGUGUUGGGAUCCCUAACCACACCGGUGAUGGCUUCUCUUGCACCAUUCUCCGGAACAACGGUGAUCAAAGGGUUUCUACAGCUGCAGCUAUUGCUAUCCUGGCUGAGUGCAACUUGAAAUUAGUGAUUGCCUUGAGUAUAAUGGAAGAAUGCUUCUUGCCUAUACUAGACGCAAGAACAGGAAUAGAUAUUAUCCCCCCUAUAGUAUAUAAUUGGAGGUCUGACUUUGUUCAUCUGGAUUACAAGGGGUUCUAUACCGUGGUCUUGGAAAAUGAUGAUAGCAUCAUUUCUGUGGCAUCCAUCAGGUUACAUGGCACAAUUGUGGCAGAGAUGCCUCUAGUGGCUACUUGUCUAGAGAAUCGUCAACAAGGGAUGUGCAGGCGUCUCAUGGACUACAUUGAAGAGAUGCUGAAAUCUCUCAAGGUGGAGAUGCUUCUUCUGUCCGCGAUCCCGAGCCUGGUCGAUACAUGGACCUCGGCGUUUGGGUUCGUACCGGUAGACGGCCGCGACAAGAUGCAGCUGAGCAAGCUGAGGCUGGUGUCGGUUCCGGGAACCGUUUUACUGAAGAGGAAUCUGCGCGGCACGGACAACACUGUGGGCGACGAGGACGGCAGCGACGAGAACCCCGUGCCGCGCGGCGGCGAUCGGUCGGCGGCGGAUCGCCGUGGAGGGGCCAAGUCUCGGCAGCUGCCGCCUGAUGAUGAUUGCUCCUACCCAGCUUGCCCCGUGGACAGCCUCGUCGACGAGCUGCGGAGUUUGAGGAUCACUUCAGCCUGUGAAGAUCCUCGGUUUCUUCUUAGCAAAACUGCUGUAGAUUCGUCUGCCGUGUGUGACGAACCUGGCGGACGCUAGGUGCUAGCGUGCGUGUCUGUCUGUGAAACUCUGCUACUGCCCGCCGAUGAGAACCUUUGCGGCGGCCUGAACGCUUGUCUAUGUCGAGUGGGUUGCGGAACAUUCUUGAGUCCAUGAGGAAGACGGGGUGGUGUUAGUGCUACUUGUGCUCAGGUUUUCUGCUUGAUAUGAAUACCCAGAGCCAGAGAUCAUGUGGA